CCCGCCAGCGACGCCUUCGGGAGGCCGUGGAUGUUCGCCCCCGACGGCCCACGACCCACAGUGCGGCCGCCACCAAAGAGCGCCGGCCGCGCGCCCCUUGUGUGCUCUUGCAUGUGGUGCGAAACAGGUUCAACGGAGAUGAGCGUGGCGAAGAAGAGCCAGACCGUGCGUACAACGGAGAGGAAGAAGUCAACGAAGCUAAACGGCUUGCGGUCCACGACCUUGCCAUUCACGACGUAGGGCAUUCUUUCUGCCAGCUACUUGUAGCUGCGGACCAGAAUAACUUUGAGGAUUACUUUCUGCGUCCACAACUCUCUUUGGAGAGAAUGUGA